UGACAAUUGACAAAUGAUAUAUUGAUUUUAAUAAAAGUGAAAGUUUAUGGUUUCAUUUCAGGUUUAAUUCAUGUUGUUUUCGAGUUUUCUUUAUGUUUAUUCGCCUUGCCCUCAUAUUACUUUAAACGUGUAUUCAAGUUGUGUAAUCUUAAAAGAAUAACGCGAUAUAAUGGCCGAUUCAGGAGUCGAUACUGGCAACGAAAGUAGCGACAAUACAGUAUUUGAUCAUCCUCAUCAAGUUUUCGAAUUCAGCCCUCCACCAAUACCAAUAAACAUUGCUGGGCUACCCAUGCCUAUUGACUUUUUUGGUGAAGCGCAUGAUCAUAUUGGGAAAAUAAAGUUUUGUACAAAUGCGAGGCAUUGUCGUCGCAAAUAUAGAAACUGCAAUCUAUUAUCAUACUUUCCUAAAAACAAAAAGCUUAGGUUUGCUGCUGGCACAAACAAUACAGAAUUAGUAGAGAAGCUUUUGCAAGCAGGUGCAGAUCCUAAUUACACAGAUAAACAUUUGAGGAGUCCACUACACUUGGCAGCUUGCCGUGGAUACACUGAUGUUGUUAAAAUUCUUAUCAAAUAUGGUGCUAACCCAAAUAUAAAAGAUACUCUUGGAAAUACACCUUUGCAUUUAGCUGCUUGUACAAGCCACAUUUCUGUUGUCACAGCUUUACUGGGUGCAGGAACAGAUGUUAGCUCUAAUGAUAAAAAUGGCCGUACUCCUUUACAGCUUGCACAGAGUAAACUGAAGCUCAUAAAGAUGAGGCCAGGGUUUCAUGCAACUCAGGAACUGCUCAGUGAAAUCCGUCUAAUAGUUGAGAUGAUGUUGAAGUACAUGGAAAUUCAAAAAGCAGAUUCAGGAGAAUUAGAAUCUGUUUGUAAAAGGUUAGAAAAUAUAAGUACAAGGGAGCAAGUUGACUCUGAAGUUCAAAAUUUACUUGAUAGUUUGGAUUCAUUAAAAUUAAGGUAAAAGGUAAUUUAUUUUUAAAGAAUAGUCUUAGAUAUUAAUUUUAUACAUUUAUAAUACAUAUUAUUAUAAGAGUUGUUUGGUAUUGUUAUUUAAUGUCUAACCACAGCAAGCAGUUUACUUGUUGUUUCAAUAAGUAAUUACUUUGUUUGUAAUUCUUGAAAGAAAUUUUUUAUAAGAAAAGCAAACCAAUUAUUGCUAUAAUGGUCUAAUAACUUUUUUAUAUACAUGCUUAGUAUUUCAAUACUAAAGAUGAACAUUGUAAUGCAGAUAAACUUGGUGUUGGAAGGAUUGCCUUCUUUAACUGUUUUAAUUAUGAAAGCCAUGUUUAGAACUUGCAGAAUGUCAGGCAACAAUGUGAACCAAUGUUUUAGCCUGGGUUUAAUACAGUUUAUUUGUAUAACUUGGAUAUCAGUUUACUUUAUCUUUUUAAUACAAUAGAUUCUAGCAUUAAUAAUUUCAUUAUUGUGUAAGAAGUUUACACUAACAAAUUAACUUGACAAUAUUAUCUAGAUUGGUGACAAAACUACAAUUGAUUCUCUAUCAUAAAAAUUCAUUUUCUUUGCAAUUGGUCAAUUGAAUAUAGCAUGUUUAAAAAAACUUUGUUAUAAGUUAAUAUCAUUUUUUGAUUAUAUGAUUUAAUCAAGA